AUGGUCCCGCUGCGAAGGACUCACAGAACAACUUGCAUUCUUCCCCUAUCUUCCCAGGCGGCACCAUACACAGCCAAAAUGACCAAAUCAAUCGAGACUACAAGCGCGCGUCCGGUAAAUGUGAUGUUUGUCUGCCUCGGAAACAUCUGCCGCUCGACGAUGGCAGAAGGCGUUUUCCGCAAUAUGGUCGCCUCCUCGAACUCUCCUCUAGUCGGCGAAAUAGACUCCUCCGGAACAGGCGCGUACCACGCCGGUGACUCUCCCGACUCUCGUACCAUGUCCACUCUGCGCCGCCACGGUAUCAAGAACUACAGCCACUACGCCCAAAAGAUCACCAAGGAAGACUUUCUAAAAUUCGAUUACCUCCUUGCCAUGGAUGAGUGGAAUCUAAGCGACCUGCUUGAAGUGCGGGAGUCCAUGCUGACUUCGUCGAGGAAGUCCGGGACCGUCCCCGCGGCCAAAGUUGCGGAAGUGCGAUUAUUUGGGGAUUUUGGACCCGGUGGAAAACUGCAUGAUAAUGUUGGCGGCGGGGAGACCGUGCGGGACCCUUAUUAUGGAGGCGCUAACGGGUUUGAGGAGGUUUAUCACCAGGUAACGAGGUUUUCGAAAAAUUUCCUUGAUUAUCUCGAGAAGCAGAAAUCUACCGCGACUGCUGAGUGA